AGUAAUGCGUAGUUGUCAGUAGAGGGAGCUGUGACAUAAUGUUUCUUUAGUCUCUGACGCCACAUUCCCAACCAAUCUACUCGUGCUGAAUUGAACAUGAAAAAGAAGCAACAAGCUUCCCUGUCAGAUCAAUGUUUGUAGGAGAACAGGAGGAGGUAGACACAGGACCGACACCUCCGUAAAUCUAAAAAGGCUCCCAUCCUCCCGCCAUCAUGUCCAGCAAGAAGACCAAGGCUAAGACCACCAAGAAGCGUCCCCAGAGGGCAACUUCCAAUGUCUUCGCUAUGUUUGACCAGUCCCAGAUCCAGGAGUUUAAGGAGGCUUUCAACAUGAUUGAUCAGAACAGGGAUGGCUUUAUUGAUAAGGAGGAUCUGCACGACAUGCUUGCCUCUAUGGGCAAGAACCCCUCUGAUGACUACUUGGAAGGGAUGAUGAGCGAAGCCCCUGGUCCUAUUAAUUUUACCAUGUUCCUGACUAUGUUUGGAGAAAAACUAAACGGCACUGACCCUGAAGACGUAAUCAGGAACGCAUUUGCCUGUUUUGAUGAAGAAGGCACAGGUUUCAUCCAUGAGGACCAUUUACGGGAGCUCCUUACUACAAUGGGAGACCGCUUCACAGACGAGGAGGUGGAUGAGAUGUACAGAGAAGCCCCAAUUGACAAAAAAGGAAACUUCAAUUAUGUGGAAUUCACCCGCAUCCUGAAACAUGGAGCCAAGGAUAAAGAUGACUAAGCUGUCGGUGAAGAUUUGCAUGAAACGUGUCAAGAUUGAGGAGUCUUGGUUCUGCAUACCAGGGAAGACUGUGUCCUGUUACCUGCAGCACCCUCUCUUUCCUUCUUGCAGCCCUGUACAAGCCCAUUGAAUGCAAAACAAAAACAUGAUAACAGAUGUAUUUAUCCCCUCAUUUCCCAUAGAUAAGUUAUUUGGGCAGCUGGCAGAAAAUAAUUGUUAUUAGAAUAGCAAUGCAGUGUUGGUUUUGGAUGCUAAGUAAACAUUAAUCAGGACUGCAAUCUUUAGUCAUUCAUUCAAGAUACUGUAUACCUCUGUAGCUGUCCAGAGCUGCCUUUACAGCCCCUCCAUCAGGAAAGUGCUCCUAUUAAGAGGCGGUUUUCAUUAGAACACUGCCCACUGAUAUCCCCUUAAUCAAUUGGGUAUGAAGAAGUCAUAUUAAUAUAUAACAUAAAUAAAGAAAUUGAUUUAUUAA